CUAGAGGGACUGAAACUUCUACAUACACUUAACCUGCAAGACAAUGAAAUUUGUCAGAUCAGUGAAAUUGCUUUCAUUGAAGAUCUGCCUUUCCUCCAUGUUCUGAAUCUUCUAAAGAAUCCAGUACAGGAACAAGCUGAAUACUGUCUGUCAGUGCUGUUUAUGCUGCAAAGAUUAACAGAAUUGGAUAUGAAUAAGAUCAAAGUUGAGGAGAAGGUGGCAGCAGUGAAUAAGUAUGAUCCUCCACCAGAGGUCAUUGCUGCAAGGGAUCAUAUGGCCAAUGUUAUGUACAGCACGAUCCAGCCACAAAAGAUCAUGGACAGCACAUUACCCAAUUUGGAUACCCCCUAUCCCAUGCUAGUGCUGACAGGGCCCCAGUCCUGUGGGAAGCGCGAGUUAGCACAUAGGAUGUGCAGAGAGUUCAAGGAGUUCUUCCGCUAUGGCCCCUGUCACACCACCAGAAAUCCUUACUUUGGAGAAGAGAAACGGUUUGAUUACCAUUUUGUCAGCCCUGAGAUAUUCGAGGAUAUGACAUGCUCUGGACUGUUUAUCCUGACUUUGAAGUACAGUGGUCACUACUAUGGUCUGAGUAGAGAGGCCGUGGAGUCUGUUGCUAGAGAAGGUCUUGCUUGUUGCACACACAUGGAAAUAGAGGGUGUAAGAAGUUUGAAGAAUUCCUACUUUAAACCACGUUACAUCUUGCUCCUGCCAAUGAACAAGGAGAAGUAUGAAGGCUGGUUGAGGAGGAAGGGUUUGUUCACUAGACCCGAGAUAGAUGUUGCUGUGUCUAGAGUGGAUAUAUAUAUAAAGAUACAUCAGGACUGCCCAGGCUACUUCGAUGCAGUCAUAAAUACAGAUGAUUUAGAUGAAGCCUACAAGGAAUUGAGAUUGCUUGUUAAAGAGUACCUAGGCCUGACUGAGCAAGGACAAUCCAGUCAAAGCUUAACCAGAUCUAAAUCUGCUAAAUCUGGAACUGAUUCUGGAAAACCUCUGACUGGAUCCUCACCAAAUGAUGCUACUAAAGGCUCUCCGUACAACACCAACAAUGAAUUUCAGGAUUCUGCUGCAAGAAAUUAUUCAGCUAGAGUCUCAGCCAAAGUUUCCUCUCAAAAAACACCUGCAGAGGAGGCCUCUGUUCGCAGACGUCAGCAAGCAGCAAGACAGGCUUUAGUGGGGAAGACUCCUGGAACAUACACCCAGCUGUUUCAGAGAGGUCCAGUAACUGCUCCAGCAACAUUAGGCACCCACCGCCGCCUUCUAGACCCCACAUCAUGCUCAUCAAUGAAACCAAGUGGUAGUAACGUAACUGCAGAUCGUAGUUUCCCACCAGCCAGCCCUGAAACCAGUUCCAGGGACUCCAGGCCUAGUUCUGGCUUGUCCUUACUGUCCUCAGCUGGUGCCUUUUCUGCUAGAAGAUCAUCUUCUCAGCCAACCCCUAUCAUCAACAUUCAGUCCCCUCCAGAAGAAAAUGUAGAACCAUUGGAUCUCUCGGGUAUUAGGCAAGAGCUUGACAGUUUAUCAGGUGAUAAAAAGAGUGUGGGCAACACUCCAGACACACCACGUCUACCAUCAUCUACACGCUCUAAUGUCAGAACAUCAAAGUCCAAAUCUUGUUCAUCGCUGCUUUCUGCUCAAGCAAGCCGCCCAGGGUCUAAUACCAAACCCAUUCUACCACCUAUUCCAUUAGGACGCAAGAAGUCUCCAAGUUAA